AUGGGCUCCAGAGACAGGGACACAAAGUCCCUUCACGAGAAGUUGAAAGUGUUUUUCAAGAAGGGUGCAUCGGUGCCCCUAGCGGCUCAGAACGAGCUGGUAGUAACCGCGGAGCUGCGGCGAGAGCUGGGCCCUCAGACGCCGCAGGGACGCCGCCUGCGAGCCAUCAAGGAGAUCGGAGACAAAAUACUCCACAUUCGUGUCCAGGAGGGUGGUAUUGAAAAAAUAUGGAACUGUACACGGGACCUUCUCAAAGAUCCAAACGCAGAAGCACGUCACACAGUACUCGGUCUUUUAAAAUGCAUUGCUGACGGUCAAUCCGACUUGCUCGUGCUGCGCACUAUAUUAUUCCGCUACCUCAAGGAAACUCACCCCAACCACCCACCGGAGGACUACCAGCCCCGUUUCAGAGUCCUCUACACGUUAACAAACUCUGGGAAAGACAUCAAGUGUCUUGAAGAAGAGAUCGGACCAUUCCUGCUAGAGUGGUUGCCACAAAUCCAGUCAUCGGUUCACAUCAAAGAGUUUAUCAAUCUGAUAACGAAUGUCGUCAAAUUUAAUGCCGUCUACUUAGAUCAAGAAAUCGUUCAUGGAAUUGUAAACAAUGCAUGCCAUCUCUGCGUUUACUCUGCAGAUCCAGGAGUAGUACAGGGCUGCCUCUCACUUUUAGAAGCAGUAGUGUCGUACUCGCUUUUACCGCGUGCCGCAUUGAGGACCUUCGUUGCUGCCCUCUGCCGAACUGUCAACAUAGAGCACUACUGUCAGAAUAGCUGGAAGUUGAUGCGCUAUGUGGUGGGCGCGGACAUGGGACACGCCGCGCUGCAAGAGAUGGUGGAGCUGGUCCGCAGCGCGGGCGAGGCUGACGAGGCCGAGGAGAGCGCGGGGCUGGCGCGGGGCGCCGUGUUCUACAUCAACAUGGCGCUGUGGGGCCCGCGCCGCGUGCGCACGCUGCACGUGUCCUUCCUGGCCGUGCUGCCGGCCUUCCUCAAGGCACUGGCCGGGCGACAGGCGGUGGUGACAUACGAGGUGGUGAUGGCGUUACAGAGCCUGGUUGUGCGCGUGCCUCAAGAGCUGGAUGAGGUGGCUUGGGACAUGGUGCUUGCGAUCAUACGCGCCGUAAUUACGCAAGACAGAACGUUCGAGCCGCCCAACGAGCUGAUCCACAGCCGCGUGCACGCGCUCAUCUCGUCCGUGGAGCAGCUGCAGGACGCCGGCCAGUUCCGCGGGGACAACGCCGCGCUGCUCGACCUCGUCGACUACUGCGGCCACGAGCGCCCGGAGUCGUCAACCAUGCGGCUGAUCACGGAGCGGACGGCGGCGCUGACGGGCGCCGAGGGCGCCGCGGCGCUGGCGCUGGCGGAGCGCUACGUGCGCUCGGAGGCGCGCCCGGCCGUGCGCCUGCACGCGCUCGCCUGCCUCGUCGCCUACAUCAAACGGCACAGGUGCGGGCACGGCGAGGAGCUGGCGGAGCGCGUGGGCGGCGCGCUGGCGGCUGCGUGCGCGCUGGACGCGGACGCCGCGCUGCGGGCCGCCGCCGCGCGCGCGCUGCCCGACCUGGCGCGCCUGUGCGCCUCCGACGUGUGCGUCGACCUCAUCGACCAGCUCGAGAAGAUUUUGAACCGGCCGUUCGAGAUGUACGUGUCCGAGGUGUCGAUCCCCGCGGACGCGGACACGUCGGACCUGCGGCUGGCGGCGGCCGGCCUGCUGGAGCUGCUGCACGACAAGCUGCUGCGCGCGCCCGCCGCGCACGCCGCGCGCUGCUUCCUCGUGCUGCUCGACCACCUGGACCACCACUACCGCCGGCCCGCGCUGCUGCUCCACCACCCCGAGAUCCGCCUCAAGAUAUUCGACAUGCUGUUCGGGCUGCGCGCCAACGCGCUGAACUGCGUGGGCUUCUGCUACGUGGGCGGCGCGGCGGUGACGGGCGCGGCGGCGCUGCGCCUGCGGCCGCUGUGCUCGCCGCUGCUGCUGGCCGAGCCGCCCGCCCCGCGCGGCGCGCCGCCCCCGCCCGCCCGGGACCUGCCGCCCGGCGCGUGCCUGCUGCCGGUGGGGCGGGCGGCGCGCGCGCUGACGGCGGCGCUGGCGCGCGAGGCGGACUGGGCGGUGCAGGCGCACGUGCUGCGCGCGCUGCCCGGCCUGCUGCAGGCGCGCGCGCCGGCGCUGGGCCGGCGCGCGCAGGACCUGGACCUGCUGGCCGCCACGCUGUGCGCGCUGCUGGCCGAGCGCCGGCCCUCGCUGUCGGAGUUCCACGCGGCGGCGCUGCCGGCGCUGGCGGCGCUGGCGUCCUACAACGCCUACCUCGAGCCGCAGACGCAGCAGCGCAUCGUGCGCUGCCUGCUCAAAUACGGAAUGGUUCUCCGCACGCCGCAGCCCUACAUCAACGCGCUCACGAUCUUCACGCUGGAGACGCGCGAGACCAUGGUGAAGAUGCUGCCGGAGGUGCUGCUGGACCUGUCCAAGAUCUCCGACACGAAGGCCAUCGCCAGCCCCAUGCUGGAAUUUCUCUCCACGCUGACGCGGCUGCCGCGCGUGUUCGCGUCGUUCGUGGAGGACCAGUACAUGUCGGUGUUCGCCAUCCUGCUGCCCUACACCAACCCGUCGCGCUACAACCACUACGUGGUGUCGCUGGCGCACCACGUCAUCGCCGCCUGGUUCCUCAAGUGCCGCCUCUCCUACCGCCGGAACUUCGUGCGCUUCAUCAUACACGGUCUGCACAACUACAUCAUAAUGCCCUUCGAGGAGCAGCUCCAGCACAAGUCUAACAACUUCCAACAAAGCGCCAACGAGGACUCGUCGAAUAGACAGAGAAGCUCAAGUCUAGGCUCCAAGGCAGUCCCCCGCGCGCCCCUGGGCGGCCGGGGCGCCACGAGCUCGGCCAGCGCGCCCGCCGCCUUCCACGUGGAGCUGACGGAGACCUGCGUCGACCUGCUGGCGCGCUACACCUUCACGCCCUGCAGCGUCAAGCCGCAGAGGAGUGACACCGCAGAGUUCCUGUUCAAUGGCGGCCAGUCAACCACGUGGCUGGUGGGGCACAAGCUGAUCACCAUCACCACGUCAGGCUGCCUGCAGAACUCCAUUAAACAGGGACCUUGCGAGAGGUGCGCCACGCUGUGCCGCCAGCACGCCGCCAGCCUGGCCGCCGCGCCCGAGCCCGCCGACGCGCCGCCGCAGCUCCACGUUAGCGACAGCUCAGACGGUCAAGAGAAGUCCAGCAAUCACCUGCAAGUACACGGAAAUCAACAGGCGCCUGAAGUCAAACGCUACAGCAAGUACUCGCUGCAGCACAGCCGCUCCACGGAGACCUCCUGCUCCUCCCUGUCCAUCUCCGAGCUGCAGCCGCCCUCCAGCGGACUCACCACCAGACAAAAUUCGGCCGAGAAUAAAUCUACGGAUCCCAUCUUAGACGCUCUCAAUCAGUUCACGCAGCGGUUCGAUAAACUAUCCAAAGAAGUAGAGGGCGGGGAGGGCGAGUGGUCGCGCGUGGGCGCGCUGGCGGCGGCGGGCGCGUGCCCGUGCUGGUGCGCGCGCUGGGCCGAGCUGCACGUGCGCUCGCCCACCGGCGACGUGUCGUGGCUGCUGCGCCUGCAGAACCGCACGGGCGCGCUGCAGCACGAGCCGGCGCUGCAGGACGUGCUGGCGCUGCUGGCGCCGCCCGCCCUCGCGCCGCCCGCCCUCCAGCCCGAGCCGCCCAGCGCCGACAGCUCGCCGCGCUCGUCGCGCCCGCCCGAGCGCCGCGCGCGCGCGCCCGACCUGCACAAGUCCAGUUCGGACUCGGUGGUAGGCGGCGAAAGAAAGGCCGCGCACCAGUCGUCGCACAGCCUGUCGACCGCCAGUGUGAGUGGUGCCGGCGGCAGUGGCACGAGCAGCAGUUCCGGCCCCAGUGGUGCCAGUGGUGCCAGUGGUGCCGGGGGACAGCAGCGUGUGAGCACGCAGCCCAUCAACAUCCCCGGCUCUCCGCAGCGCCAGAGUUCGUCCAGCACCACGGCCGACGACGACAUGCUGCUUAUAGUGCCUGAAGGCAAGUCGCGGCACCCGGUGCGUCGCUCGAACUCGUCGCCAGAGAUGUCGUCGUCGUGGAAGGCGGCCGUGCGCGACGUGGAGCCCGACGUCGACGACCUCGUGCUGCUGCCCGCCGAGCCCGCGGCGCCCGCGCCGCACGGCAAGAAGGGCGGCAAGAAGAGCGACAUGCGCGUGUCGUGCGAGGCCAUCCCCGAGGAGAUGUGCGGCACGUCCCCGCAGCCGCCCGCCCCCGCGCACCCCGCGCACCCCGCGCUCCUCAUGACCUACAACUCCGACCCUGGCACCGCGGGCUCCGAGACGGAAGGCGCGCCCGCCGAGCCCGGCAAGGCCGCCGCGACCGCCGCGCACCACCAGCUUCAGAAGACGAGCAGCGACAGCCGCGUCCCGCUGGGCGCCGAGCCGCCCCGCGCCGACGAGCUGCCGCCGCUCGCGCGCUCCAAGCGCUCCAACACCAUCUCCGUCAUGAGCCCCACGCGCCGCAACCGCAGCGACAGCCGCGUCCCGCUGGGCGCCGAGCCGCCCCGCGCCGACGAGCUGCCGCCGCUCGCGCGCUCCAAGCGCUCCAACACCAUCUCCGUCAUGAGCCCCACGCGCCGCAACCGCAGCGACAGCCGCGUCCCGCUGGGCGCCGAGCCGCCCCGCGCCGACGAGCUGCCGCCGCUCGCGCGCUCCAAGCGCUCCAACACCAUCUCCGUCAUGAGCCCCACGCGCCGCAACCGCAGCGACAGCCGCGUCCCGCUGGGCGCCGAGCCGCCCCGCGCCGACGAGCUGCCGCCGCUCGCGCGCUCCAAGCGCUCCAACACCAUCUCCGUCAUGAGCCCCACGCGCCGCAACCGCAGCGACAGCCGCGUCCCGCUGGGCGCCGAGCCGCCCCGCGCCGACGAGCUGCCGCCGCUCGCGCGCUCCAAGCGCUCCAACACCAUCUCCGUCAUGAGCCCCACGCGCCGCAACCGCAGCGACAGCCGCGUCCCGCUGGGCGCCGAGCCGCCCCGCGCCGACGAGCUGCCGCCGCUCGCGCGCUCCAAGCGCUCCAACACCAUCUCCGUCAUGAGCCCCACGCGCCGCAACCGGUGAGCGACCCCACACACUCGACACCUGAACCGGAACACGACUAGCGCUAGCAGCAGCAACCCGGGCAACACCACGGGGGGAGGCGUGUCGCCCUCCUUCGUGUUCCUACAGCUGUACCACAACAUGAGUACCUACCCCAUCUCGCCGACAGUACCCGGCGAAGCGCCAACAACUCCGAACCCCCUACUUGGGCGGCCGCUGAAAGUGUCGGGCGUGCAGCACGAGCGUACCAUCAAGAACCUGGAUCUAGUGCCGCCUCUGGAGACUUAUAAGGUGGGUGUACUAUACGUGGGCCCGGGUCAACAAGAUGAUGAAGUCGCUAUACUGAAGAAUGAAUAUGGUAGUGUAAGGUACAUGGAGUUCCUUCGGCGACUGGGCACGCUGGUCCCGCUGGAGGGCGACGAGGAACCCAACCUGUUCCUCAACCUUGAGAAGGGUGGCAAAGACGGCCGCUACACCUACGUCUGGAACGACGACAUUAUGCAGGUCCUGUUCCACGUUGCGACGGCAAUGCCGAGCUCCCCGCGUGACCCCAACUGCAACGAGAAACGCAAGUAUAUCGGGAACGACUUCGUGUCCAUCGUCUACAACGAUUCGGGCGAGGACUUCAACAUACACACCAUCAAGGGUCAGUUCAACCUGUGCAUCGUGAUGGUGGAGCCGCUGGAGCACGGCAUGAACCGCGUGUCGCUCAAGAGCAAGGAGGGCAAGUUCCUGGCGCACGUGGAGCCGCACGCCGUGUCGGACGGGAACGCGGCGCUGCUGGCGCGCCAGCACGCGCUGCACGCCGCGCUGGCGGCGCAGAUCGCGCAGUCGCUGAAGCUGGGCGGCGCGCCCUACGCCUCCAACUCGCUGGAGCGCCUGCGCCUCAUCAAGCGCCUGCGCGCGCGCGCCGAGCACGAGCGCCGCGCCGCCGCCGCGCCGCCGCCCUACCACGCGCACCCCGAGCGCACGCGCCGCGUGGCCAUCGACGACUUCGACGACUACGCCUAGCCGUGUGCACGUGUCGGACUGCACGCGCCGCCGCCCUACCACGCGCACCCCGAGCGCACGCGCCGCGUGGCCAUCGACGACUUCGACGACUACGCCUAGCCGUGUGCACGUGUCGGACUGCACGCGCCGCCGCCCUACCACGCGCACCCCGAGCGCACGCGCCGCGUGGCCAUCGACGACUUCGACGACUACGCCUAACCGGACAUCGGACACGUUCUGUGUGCGCACUAUAUUAUAUUAAACAUAUGUUGAAAUACAA